AUGUCAAUCAGAAUUGAGCAAUGCGUUGUUUUAAAUAUUCUUAAACACUUUAGAAAUACACAUUCUUCAUUUAAUAAUCAAACACACUGUGGUGGAAGAAUGUAUGGAGUUGUUAAUGAUGAAUCAGUUGUUGAAGUGACUGGAAGUACCCCAAAGUCCGGAGAAGGAAAAUUAAAGAUGGCAAAGGAUAUAGUUGGGCAGAAUUGUUAUUGUGUUGGGAUGUAUGUCUGUGGAGGAAGUAAAGAUUUAACUGAACAACAAUUAGAAUAUUUGAGUAAAGUUAAAGAGAACAUUGGAAGUAGUUUUGUGGUAUACAUUAAUCCAACAGAAAGUUUAAAAAGAAAUUCCCUUAUUAUAGAAGGAUAUAUUCUAGAGAAUGAAUCUACAAAAGAAUUAAAAAGAGUUGAUAUUGUUCUUUAUACAUCUUCUUUACAAAAGAAUUUUAUUGCUCAAAUGGAAUAA